AAUAUGUCCAGAGGUCAUGGUGAGGCCACGCAGACGUGUUUUUAUUUUUAUUUUUAUAUGAAUCAUUAAUCAUUGUUCUUUUCCUCUAUUGGCAUCGUUCUCAUCGUCCUUCCUGCCGUCGUUCUCAUCGUCGUCGUCAUUGUCUUGGUCGUUCUCCGGCGCGUCGUUUACACACGCGAGACGGUAAUUUCAGAAAUGAAAUGGCUCCCGCCAAGUCAUCUGGGGGAGAUGUUACCCUCUAUGAUGCUCUAGACUCCAUAUCCGGGGGAACUGUGAAGGAACGGAGCAACGGCUUGGACGAUCUCAUCUUUUUACUCGAGAAGAAAGCUAGAGCAGCAAGCCUGUCCGGUCUUGCGGAUAAGCAUUACCAUCGCAUCUUUGAGACAAUCUUCAGGAGUGCCGUCUCCGAAAAGCAGAGCUAUUAUGGAGGCAAGAAGACCACAGCCGCUUCUGCGGCAUCACGGUUGUCCAAGUGUGCCGAGGCCCUCCGUCUGGCGCUUAAUCAUGGUGCCGCCAAAUUGAAGCGAAAGACAGUCCUCUCUGUCAUCGAUCACAUUACGCAGACCCUUCCUGGACGCGGUCCGGACCAGCAUUUCGUAGAGCCGUUGCUUCAAGACUACAUCAAGUCCAUGGUCGUCAUGCUCUCUCAUCAAGCGAAUGUUGAGCACCUAGGUACUCACGGCGGAGAAGGCUGGAGAGAAUGCGUGGAGUUCUGUAUCGAUUCUAUGUCGGUAUACCUUGAUGGUGCCGAUCAACGGGAUUCCAGUUCUCGUGCAUCUCCCGCCCCGGGAACAGGCUCUCUGUCGGCGUCCGGUAGGUCGGUUGCGAACCGGAGAGGCUCAGGUCAACUGCAUCGAGGCACUUUACAGGACCUUCUCCAGUGCCUCUACCUACUGGUCGUUCCGCCCAACGCCCCUCUGGCGCAGAAAUCCCAAGAUGUCGCCAGAACGCUCCUUCGAGCUCUCCAACUUCGCCACUCUGGGCUCAGCCAGAUCACCUAUCUAGCAUUUGCGUCGCUAAACAUCCUCCUGGCGAGGACCCAAGCUGAUGACCUUGCACAAGCUGGAAACUUAGCCAAGGAAAUUGUUCCCUUAAUCACACAUUGGUGGCAGGGACGUGCUGUCUCAAAGGACGAAAUGCUCAACUCUGUCAGAGACGAAAUGCUCAAGACCAUGUUCUUCAUCCAUCUCCACCUUGAGCGCAUCGUUGUGGACGACACGGAUCUCUCAAUCGAGGGAGACUUGGAGGACCUCUCGGAAGCCCUUUGGCUUGAAUACACGAGGCGGAACGAGCGGGAUCAGCUCCAGUUGGAUGACCUCACAUUCUUAGUCGCCACGCUUCCUGGGGAUUACUUUAGUCUGAACACCUUUGGCCUCCGCCCGCACAAUCUAGAUGGCGAGAGGAAGUGGGCACUGGUACAGAACCUGGCCUUCCUCGAGAGGAUACUGUGGAUGGCCAAGUCUCAGAAGCCUUCGGUAACGACGGGCCAGGAAGAACAACCUCGCAAGAAGCGUCGCACCGUGAUCAGUGCCAGCCGUCUUCUAGAGAAGCUCAAGUCUGCCGAUCCAGCAGUGCAACGAACUGCCAUUCAGCUCGUUCCGUUUCUCCUGGAGAUCAAGGCUUACUCCCCGACCGAUCUUGCAGAGUUACGGUCUGAGAUGUCUCCCUUUGUCAGCGGCACUGGAAGUACCACCUCCUGGGCGAUGCUGGCUUGUGCUAGUUACAUCGUACACGCGCCAAAUCCACAACACGACGCCAGUUUCUGGAAAUCCAUCUGGCAGAUAGCUGCUCGCGCGGCUAGCCUGUCGAGCACCUGCCGUGCAGCAUGUCACUUAAUGCAUGUGAUGAUCGAGUCGGAUGUGCUCCCCUACCAUAGUAUCUCCGAUGAGAUCAACAGUCUUGUGGCGACUGCGGACGUCAACGGCCCGGCCACUCUGGUAGACUCGUCCAUUACACUCAUGAUGCGUCUGCUCUACCUUCGCAAUGCGAAAUUACCAGGCGCCAACCAGUCAACAUCCCAUCACAUCAUUCGGUGGGCGUUCUUUAGGUGGAAUCCAGCUGAUUUGUCAUUUGCUUCGUCCAAGGCCAUACACACGCACCCACGCGAACUUGCAGACCUCAUACAAGCUUGCUGUGGAGUUGUGGUACCGCAGCGUAUCGCCCAGACUUUGGUGUCAGGAGGUCCCAUCAGCGAAGCAUGGACCGUUUAUAACGAGUCCGCCCCAGUCACGAGAUAUCUUCUUCUUCUCCCCAAUCCACCCUCGCAACGACAUGAUUUGGCAAGGAGCCGAGAGGGUUCCACGGUGGUCAAUUUGGUUCAUGCAAACGACUCGGACAAUUCUCACGCCUCGAAAAGGCUGAUUCUUGAGCUGUUCUGCCCCAAGAUUGAAGAACUGCAGGACCUAUGCAACUCAUGGAGUAAAAACACAGUUGAAGUCAGGGUGCAAGUAUCUCCGGAGAGACUGCACAGUCUUUUCUCUACUUGUGUUGUUGGCGCACUUCUGAUGCCUCAGCUCCAAGGCUUGAACUCGCGACAAUCACGAGAUAUAGAAUCGGCCGUGUUUGACCUCUUGGAUUCGAGCUUGGGGGCCGUCCUCGACGCACCCGAUAAUCGACCAUUCUUCGAUGUCCUCCUCAAGGCGUCCUCACUGCACAUCCCUCCUCUAGAGACGACCGCGAUGAACCUCCUCGUCAAGGACGGCCUUCACAUACUACGUCUCCUGUCCAAAGUCGCGGAGUGUCUGCACCAGCGAACCUUGCGCGAGUCGUCUGGCCAGCACCAGGAUUUGAUGGAUUUGGACGACGAAUUCGAGUCUCAGGCCAGCCGAGCUAGUACCUCGAGCAGGAGCCUCGACGUUCCCAGACGAAGCCAGUCGAUGAAGCUAAGUCACGAAGCUUUUUGCAUGUCCACGACACUGCGACUCUACUUUUUGGAGGCAAUCCAUAAAGACCAUGGACAAGCCGGCCUACUCCCUGGAGACUUCUUCGAACAUUCGCUGAGCCUUUCGAAGGAAGACCUCCUCCUCAGUCAAGGGGUGCUUUCUGAGGUGUUCAAAUCCGAUUUCGUCGUCAACCCUGAUGACGCUUUGCGCAUCAUUGAGAAGCUUGGCGAGGUCAUUGGUGAGGCCGAGUUCACUUGCUGCGAGGUUGCUCACUGCAUGACUCUAGAUGUCAUGGAAGGCCUCGUUUCCGUUUGGCUGGACGAGAAGCAUGAAGUAGCAGCCUGUGUGGGCGAUCUCUAUCACUACUUCAUCAAGGCAUCGCUUCCUAAGAACAGCCUCUCUCCCAGGUCUCAAAUCCGUCUCGCAGGGUUGUUGUUUGCCCUUCUGCGGCACGAUCCCCAGUACGGGGCAAAGCUGGGCUUAGCUUCUUGUCGAACCACACUUCUCUCUGUUCUGCAGCCGGGGGCGAUGCUGGUCAAGCACUACAUAGCCACCCGUCUACCGGACAUAUUUAGCUUGUAUGUCUUGAAAACUCACGACGAUGUCUUCAUUGACGUCCUGGAUAAUCUUCCCACCGAUGCAGACAACGUGGAGGGAAUAGCGUUUCGCCUCUUCGUUCUUUCAGAGUUGGCGUGCCGCUGGUCAACCCUCCUUCGACGAUGUACUUACCACAUUUUCGAGACCCCUGCCAACAUCCCGUCUUCUACUAAAUAUGCGACAAGGUGCGUGGCCAAAGUAUCAGAGGCGCUCGGAUUCGAAUCUCCCAAGCAGCUGUUCGAAAUCUUCAAACCCCAGCUCUUGUACACAUGGCUCGAUGGCGACGAAAUCGAGAAAUUACCAUACGAAAUAUUUGGCUACUCGAGUCUUCACGACAUGCUUCAAGCAUCAAAAGCAGAAGCGGCAGCCUUGAUGUUCAUGCGUGGUCAAGAGCAGAGAGCCCUAGACCUGGCGCAGAAGCUCAACACCAAGGUAGAAGACCUGAUCAAACAUGGAUUUGUCAAGGCGAUAGCCUUUGCCAUCGCCCAUGACACGAACACGUCUCGCUCCGGCGAUUCGAGCGCAGAAACCAGCAUUCGCAAACGUCUGGGCAAGGAACCCUACCUGGACUCCAUCUAUGCCCACUUCGCAGACAUCGUUGCCCUUUUCUUUGACCUUUUCGACCAGGAGGACCCCCUGGAAAAGUACUUCGCCAAGGACGAGAACUUUGCCUAUGCCGCUACCAAUAUGGAGGAGAUGAAACAGCAUUCCCACUCUCAAGUGGUUCUACCCGGCAACCAGCAGCCAAUGUUCAAGGGGAAGUAUCUACUCCGAGAGCUGUUUCACCUGUGCAGCCGGACAGAAUACGAGUUGCAGAGCAUCUGGACACCAGCGCUGGUGGUCCAUGUUGCCAGGAGGCUUCUCAAUACCGUCCAUCCGGCCCUUGGCUCACUGCAUGCAUGCUCCGUACUGCGGAAGGUCCGCGUUCUCGUCGCAUUGGCAGGUCCCGUUGCGCUGGAGUUAUACCCACUGGAAAUGCUCCUUCAUUCCAUCCGUCCCUUCAUCGUCGAUUCGGAGUGUGCGGAUGAUGCGCUGGGGGUGAGUCAAUACCUCAUCACCAGGGGUUCAAAACACCUCGAGCAAGUGCCCUCCUUCCUGGCCGGGCAUGCUCUCUCCACAUUGGCCUCUCUCAGGGUGUUCCUAGAGUCUAGCCAGUCGAGCACAACACAGGAGAGCCAAUUUAAAGCCACCAUGAGCAAGGCCCAGCAGUUCCAUGGGUGGUUUUCCAAGUACCUGUCUCGGUAUGAAUCCCCAGCAUUUGUGGAGGAGCGUCAGAGGUCUUCUUUCAGGACCAUCACCCAGGCGGCGUCACGAAUUCGAUCGUCAGGGAAUGCAGAGAGCGGCACGCACGAGAGUACUCUUCUUCUGGAGAUCCUGGGAGACGAUGAGCGCGAGAACAAGCUGUUGAAUGAGGGCGCUCGCGAACUAGCCCUUGGAAUGCUUUGCGGGGACUUCGUUGUUCCCGCCUCGGUGCGCCUCGAUGUUAUUGACGAUGAUCAGAAGGCUCUUCAGCACAGCGGGCCUGUGUGGAAAAGUUGUAAAGCUCAUGCGCUCAGCGACAAGUACCUGGCGUGGGCUGGGCGCGUUGUCGGCCGUUCGUUCGCUGCGUCGGGUGAAAUCCCGUUGGAUUUGCUGCGCGAAUCCGACCUGGCGAAAUACGUCAAACUUGCCUCGGGGGUAAACGGCUCGGAGCAAGGACUCUUAACACUCCUCCAGAGGCUGACGGUGAACAAGACUUCGUUCACGGCCGGUCUCGCCGAGUCGGCCCUUAGAUUGGCAGUGUCUGAAGCCGCAGUCCAGGAGGAUCAGUCUCUGCUCAUCGCGGCCCAAAAGACUCUUCACGAACCCUUAUAUCUGGCAUCGGAAUGGCAUCCCUACCGAACACCGCCGUCUGAUGGUGUCUCUUUUACUCCUUCUUCGAGGCUCUCGGAUGCUCAGCUCUUCUCUCGGGAGCACAUCGGAGAGCCAGGAUGGAUUCAGAACUUGUCCAUACACCUGUCCCAAGCAGCUCCCGAUUCCACCAUUCUCAGCAGUCUACUACCGGUUCUUACCCGCGUCAAGGGCUUCGCCGAGGAAGCUUUCCCGUUUAUCUUACACCUAGCUUUGUAUAGCCAGCUAGACAAGCAACAAACCGUCAAACGACACUUGUCUGAGGCAAUGAAAAGUUGGUUUCAUGACACCAACGAAGCAUCUCGUACGAAUCAGAAGCACCUCAUCAAUGCGCUCCUUUACCUCCGCACUCAACCAUUGCCGAACGAGUCGUCCAUUGCGGACCGCACUACUUGGAUAGACGUGGAUUUUCCUUCAGCAUCCUCCGCUGCCUCGAGGUGCGGUAUGCACAAAACGGCCCUACUCUUUAUUGAAUUGGCCUCCUCCCAAACAACUCGUACAUCCCGCAGAUCGUCUGCGGCUCGAGAAGCAGAUACGUCGGGUGUUCUGCUCACAAUCUUCGAAAACAUUGAUGACCCAGACGCAUACUAUGGCUUGGCCCAGGCAUCGAACUUAGCCACCGUAUUGGCGCGGCUCGAGUACGAAAACGAUGGGCCGAAGAGCCUUGCGUUCCGUGGAGCCCAAUACGACAGUCAUGUCCGUCGUAGGGAUCUUGCCGCGCAUUCGGACGGUCUCUCUCUCGUUAGGGCGCUGAGCACGCUAGGGCUCUCGGGCCUGUCCCACUCUAUACUCCAGACGCAGCAGAGCCUCGACGAGAACACGGAUUCCAUCAACGACAUGUUCCACACAGCAAGGAGACUGGAGAUCUGGAAUCUUCCCGUGCCGAGCUCAAACAGAAGCCAUGCCGUCACCAUGUACAAAGCUUUCCAGAGCAUCCAACAGGCCCACGACAUGGCUGACGUCCGCCAUGCCAUCCACGAUGGACUCUACAGCACAAUGCGGAGCGCCACGGCUCAUGCCAUCAAUGCGGCUUCCCUGAGGCAACAUUUAGGAGCCCUGGCCGCCCUUACCGAGUUGGAUGACGUGAUUAAUGUGUCGGACGGGAAUGACUUGGAGAGCUUGCUUCAUCAAUUUGAUUACCGUGGGCGAUGGAUGAGACGGGGUCGAUAUGACGACGUGAGCCAGCUUCUAUCAUGCCGCGAAACGACAAUGAGCCUGCUCAGCCAACAAGGCAAGCUGCGUGCUUCGGCGAGCCUCACCACGGCCCAGGCUAGACAGACCGAAAUCCGAUGUCUCUUACUAUCGUCCGGAAUCUACCGUUUCCAUCGAGCGACGCAAGAGUCGCUCAACUUGUCAACAGCUCUCACGGACCUUAUUAACCCCUGCCAGGAGCUGGGACUGAACGUCGACGCAGCCAUCAGGGUCGAGUCGGCAAACUCGCUCUGGGACCAUGGAGAAAUGAUCUCGUCGAUCCGAAUGCUCCAAAACAUCGACAACGAUGUUGAUUUUAAGAAGCAGAGCAUAUCUCUCAGUCGAUCGGACUUGCUAUCCAGGAUUGCGCACCAGGUCUCGGUGGCGAGGCUGGAGAAGCCGCACGACAUCCAGAAGAACUACCUCGAACCUGCGCUGAAGGAACUCAAGGGGAAAAGUGAGGGAAAAGAGGCCGGGAAGGUUUUCCAUCAAUUCGCCGUGUUCUGUGACGAGCAGCUUCAGAACCAAGACAGCCUGGAAGAUCUAGCCAGGCUACAAGGACUAAGGAAGGGCAAGAGCGACGAGGUGGCUCAGCUCAAGUCGCUCAUAUCGAGCACGAGGGAUACGCAGAUGAAAUCGAGAUAUUCAUCGCAUCUCGCACGCGCCCAGCAGUGGCUGCAGCUAGACGAGCAAGAACUACGACGCGUAGUACAGACCAGGGGCGAGUUCGUUCGGCUCAGCCUGGAAAACUACCUGCUGUCACUCAUCGCAUCCGACGAGCACAACAACGACGCGCUGCGGUUCACCGCACUCUGGCUGGAGCGAUCCGACGACGACGCGGUCAACGAUGUCGUGCGAAAGCGCCUCGACAAGGUCCCGACAAGGAAGUUUGCAGCGCUGAUGAACCAGCUGUCGUCGCGUUUACAGGAUCAGUCCACGUUAUUCCAGCGGCUUCUGCUAAACCUCGUGCACAACAUUUGCGUCGAGCAUCCGUACCACGGGAUGUACCAGAUCUGGUCCGGCACGAAAGUCAAGGCCAAUAGCCAGGACGAAGUCGCGGUGCUCCGGCAGAAAGCAACCGAACGGGUAGCGAAGCAGCUAGAGAAAGACCCUACCGUCGGGGCCAUUUGGCAUGCCAUAGAUAGAACGAGCGGCUACUAUCACCGGCUUGCGGUGGAUAGGGACCCCUCCAGGUAUAAAUCCGGGCAGAAGGUUGCUCUCCGAGAAACGGGAUCCGGCAGUCAGCUUGUGAGCGCACUCAACAAGUAUCAGAUCCCGCCCCCGACCAUGCAGCUCGAACUCGCGGCAGACAGGGAUUACUCGCGCGUCCCCAUCAUCGCGAAGCUCGAGCCGCACAUGUCCAUCGCCUCGGGGGUCAGUGCGCCGAAGAUCAUCACGGCGGUGGGCAGCGACGGGCAACGGUACAAACAGUUGGUGAAAGGAGGCAACGACGAUCUGCGACAAGACGCCAUCAUGGAACAGGUGUUCGCGGCAGUCUCGUCACUACUCAAGCUGCACCGGGAGACGCAGCAAAGAAAGUUGGGGAUCAGGACCUACAAAGUGUUGCCCCUGACAUCGGCCUCGGGACUGAUCGAAUUCGUGCCCAACACAAUCCCGCUGCACGAGUUCCUUAUGCCCGCGCACGAGCGAUACUACCCCAACGACUUGAAGGGGGGCCAGUGCAGGAAGGAGAUAUCGAACGCCCAGGGCAAGUCGGGCGAGGUGAGGAUCAACACGUACCGCAAGGUCAAGGAGCGGUUUCACCCGGUGAUGCGGUACUUCUUCAUGGAGCACUUCGUGGACCCGGACGAGUGGUUCGUCAGACGAACGGCGUACACCCGCACCACGGCGGCGAUAUCCGUGCUCGGCCACGUGCUAGGCCUCGGGGACAGGCACGGGCACAACAUCUUGCUGGACCGCAAGACGGGCGAAGUGGUGCACAUCGACCUCGGCGUGGCGUUCGAGAUGGGACGCGUCCUUCCGGUGCCGGAGCUCGUUCCAUUUCGACUGACGCGGGACAUUGAGGACGGCAUGGGCAUCACGAAGACGGAGGGCGUGUUCCGGAGGUGCUGCGAGUUCACGCUGCACGCGUUGCGGGAGGAGACAUACUCGAUCAUGACGAUCCUCGACGUGCUGCGGUAUGACCCGCUGUAUUCGUGGUCUAUCUCGCCGGUGCGGUUGGCGAAACUUCAGGAUGCUCGGGCUGGCGGCGGCGGCGGCGGCGGUGGUGGUGGUGGUGGUGGUGGUGACGGCGGGGACGGCGAUAACGGGGCACAGAGCGACGACACGGAGACAAGCAGGAAAGGAAGGAAGGGGCCAGGGGCUCGGGUGAACGAGCCGUCAGAGGCCGACAGGGCGCUCGAGGUGGUUAGGAAGAAGCUUUCCAAGACGCUGAGCGUGACUGCGACGGUCAAUGACUUGAUCAACCAGGCCACGGAUGAGAGGAACCUGGCUGUAUUAUAUUCGGGAUGGGCUGCGUAUGCCUGAUAGAUUCAUCAUAGACGAGUAACGAGUGUAUUUACUUGACGAGUUACAGAAGAGUGAGUGUUCUGUACCUUAAAGGUAGCCAAC